AUGGCACACAACAACUUUACAAUUUUACGACCCAGUAGUUUGGACGAGAAACCAGAGAAGUUUGUUUGCAAGCUUUGUGGAACGAAAAAGGGUGAAAUUUGUAAUAAGUUGAUACACGAGAUUGCUGAAAAGAGUAAACUGUACUGUGACAUAUGUGGUGCGUUCGAGGGGAAAGAGUGUGAUGCGGUAACACACAAGCUUUUUGAAGAACGUGCUAAGCUGAAAAAUUGUAAUAUUUGUGGGGUGUUAAAACAUUUGCCCGGUAUUAAGGAAAAACACGACAAAUGGUAUGCGGAGCUGUGGUCGCCAAACUAUGUUGAUGCAUCACAGGCUUGGAAUAAUUAUGUUAUACGUCCCGAAACUGAUAAUUUGGUCGAAGACACUGACUUAAAGGAAAAAGACGAUGCUGAGGAUGGGGAUUAUCCUGUAGAAGCGUACAUAGAAAUUUAUCAAUGUACCUGGUAA